GAUAAGAGCAACUUUCUUUUCUUUUCUCUUUCUCUCUUUCUUCUCUUCAUUGACCAUCUCAAGCUUACCAGAUAAGCCAAGAUGGUUCAGACAUUCUUUACCUUACUUUCUCUGUUCUUAUGUGUCAAUUCUGCAUUAAUUCCCGUUCCAUUACUUAACCGCGAUGAUCCUAGCCCAGUAAUAGCUCCAGCCCCAUCAAUCCCAUCAUGUGCAAUUCCAUGCAUUGCAUCAGCAGUAGCCGAAGAAACAAGUUGUGAUCCCACGGACCUUGCCUGUCAGUGUGAUCCUGAUAAUGUUACUUUGAUUCAAGGAGUAGCCACAAGCUGCGUACUUCAGGCUUGUGGAAUCGAGGAAGCUCUUCAGGUUCUGGAUGAUACUACUGCAGAAUGUUCUUCUGUACUUGCGGCUGGAAAUGCUAGUGCGGCUCCUUCUUCAGCAACCCCUUCAGCAAUACCAUCCGCAGCCCCAUCUUCGGCUUCUGCUAGCAUAUCGGCAGCUCCUUCAUCUGUUUCUACUACUUCUUCUAUUGAUUCUAGCCCCCCAUCUGCAGUUCCUUCAUCAGUCGUGGGCUCGGUUCCUUCGGUUGUUCCCACGCCACCAAAUACCACAUUCGUUAUUCCUGCUUGUGCGGAUAGCUGCAUUCAAAAUUCUGUUGGGCUCACUUCUUGUGGACUUACCAACAUUACUUGUCAAUGUGAGAAGAGUAAUGCGGAGGCCAUUCAGUCUGCUACUGUUUCUUGUGUAACUGCAAGUUGUGGGGAAAAUGGGGCUAAUAUUGCUAUUGAAGUCAAUAGAUCACAAGUUGACAAGUGUAAUGCAUUAUCAGCGCCUGCUGGUUCUUCUUCGUCAAUCACCGGCUCAGUAACAGCCAAUGGACCAACACAAAUAAGCCUUACCGGCAACCCAUCCGGUAUCUCUACAGAAAUACCUCCUUGCGGACCACCUAUUCCAUAUUAUGGAUACCCAACACAAUCGAAUCCGAUUAAUCCUCCCGGAUCACCAACUCCGGAUGCUGGAGAUCCACCGGGGGUUGUAUCUAGCACGCCGACUGAUCCAGGAUCAGCUUCUUCAACUAAUGCCAGUAUAGAUCCAUCAGGGGGUUCCGGGUCUAUACCAACUGAUCCUAGUUUCCCAACAAGUGGUGGUUCUUUCCCGUCAGGAGCUGGGUCUAGCACACCUGCAGAUCCAGGGUCAGCAUCUUCGACUAAUAUCAGCCUAAACCCACCUGGAAUUGUAUCUAGCACGCCGACUGAUCCAGGAUCAGCUUCUUCAACUAAUUUCGGUGUAGACCCGUCAGGGGGCUCAGGUUCUGUAUCUACCGAUCCUGGUUCUCCAACAAGUGGUAAUUCUUUCCCAUCCGACAGCUCAACCCCCGUAGAUCCAGGAUCAGCCUCUUCAACCAACGCAAGUGUAGACCCAUCUGGGAGUUCUGGAUCUUCACAAACUAUCCCAGGUUCGUUCCCUUCUAGCAGUUCUCCAAGCCCCACAGAUCCAUCAAGAGGCACAGAUCCUUCUGGAGCAGCUUCUAGCACAUACCCUUCAGACCCAUCUGAACCUUCGAGUACACCUCCAGGGGGAAUUGGCAGUGGACCAAGUUAUAGUUAUGGAUAUGGAUAUGGUACUUAUUAUCCCUCUAGUACACCCACAUCCACUGGAAAUGGAGGUGAUCCGAGUGAUCCAUCGGGAACUGGUGGUGCUUCGGUAUCUUCUUCGGCUACGGGACCGGUUUCGCAGAGUAGCCAGUCGAUUGGUGCGCCUAGCACUUCUUCUGGAGGCGACUCUUCAAGCCCGAGUACUUCUGGUGGAGAUCCUUCAUCGCCAGGUACAACGGGCGAGGGCCCUUCCCCGUCAACCACUUCUGGCUUGGACUCGUCUUCUCCAAGUACAACCGGUGGAGGUGCUUCUUCGCCAAGUACAACUAACAGUGAUCCAUCUUCACCCACAACCUCAAGCGGGCUAAACAACCCAUCCAGCUUCCCCACUGGAACCGAUCCCUCUCCAUCUUCACCCUCAAACUCAAAUAACCCCCCUCCACCCCCACCACCCGCUAGCGGUGGCUAUUACGGCUACAAUCCCGCUUCAGUGCCCGCAGCCCCAUCAUUCACAUCACCCUCUACCCCAGCUAUCCCAACAUCUCCCUCCAAUUCCAACUCCAACUCCCCCUUCUUUCGCCUCUCACUCCUUCCCUCCCGUUACUCUCUCCUCGAAUACAUCAUACACGUAUACUUUACUUCCUCACCCCCCUCCCCCUUCAUAUCCUCGCGCGGUCUCACAACCAAUUCUCGCACCUCCGCAUGUUUAUUUUCCAUCACAUCAUCAGGAUUACUUUCCUGUUCCGGCUCUGCAUCUUCUAACUCUCAUUCUCACACUGGAUCCCCUCAUAGCGGCACUGGAGAUGCAAAAACGAGAUAUUUCGGAUAUGAAUUCGCACGCGUGUGGGAUUCUGGAUUUACCGUUUUACAGACGCGGAAUACGUUGAGGGAUAUGCACGGGAAGGAUUUAAAUGGGACAUUGAUGGUGGAUUCCACGAGUGAGUAUCCGUAUGGGAGUUUGUUGAGGUUGAGAAAUGAGCAGUUUAUUGGAAAUGAGAACCAAGCCCGUUUCUGUGCGCAAACAUCAUCUUCAAUUCCCUCAACAUAUGGAUCCCCAAAUCCAGACGCAACACAAAGCCAAACUGAUGCAUUUUUGGAAGGAAGUCCAGUUCGUGCGUAUAUUAAUGGAACGCAGGGAUUACCUGCAGAUUGUCAAGAGGUGAAAUUGGUGAUUGAGUGGGUUGAUGAUGGGGGCUCUUAGGGUUGGAAUGAGAUGAAAUGGGGAGAGGGAAAUUGUGCAGAGCCGGUAUACAUGGAAUGAUAUAUGGAUGGACAUUCAUUUGAGAGUUUAGUUUUAUCUCUUAUUUUUCUUUUGUGGAUGGAGGGUUCAGCAUUGUUGUUGUUUGCGUGGAGAUUGGAGGUUAGCGGUUGAACUUGAAUGAAGGGAAUUAGCGGGUAGCUGAAUGGUAAUCUUAACGCGGUACAGUGUUGUGAAGUACGUACAGAUAUUUUCAGAUAUCAAAUCUAGCUUUCCAAUCCUGUUCUGCCUGUAUUGUUCAAACAAGAUACCAUCAUACUAUCAUUGAAGAAAACUCACACUCAAAGGCGUAUUUUUCAACACCCACAAAACUGUUUUACACAAGCUCAUCAAGUCCAACAAUGGAAUCACAAACGAAAUAAAAUUACGCCCCA